AUGAAUCCACAUCUUUGGUCUGAACACGACCCGUGUUUUCUCGCAGAACAAGCCGUAGGACCAGUCACUGCUCUUGCUCUGUCUCACGACCAUACAUUUGUGGCCACAGGACACGCGUUUGGGCACAUUCAAGUUUUUGACCUCAACAAGCCUCAGAAGCCUGUUCGCUUUGUGCCUCCAACAUCCCGCGCUGCCGUUGCCUCAGGACGAAAGGAAGGUCAUAUACAUGGCUCAAGAAUAGUAAAUGUCGGAUUCGUCGCAGGGAGACAUACCGCUAUCGUGUCCGCGGACGAGAAUGGCUUGGCUUUCUAUCACAGCUUAGGCAAGGUGCUCUUCGUCGAUGCUUCUGAUGUGUUGCGGAUACUUGGUAAAUAUCCCGAAGAGGAGCCACCCCCAUCAUCACACCUUUCCCAGUCAAAGACGAAUGGUAUCGCUCCAGGUCAAUAUCCUCGUCACCGCAAAGCCCGGAAGGUCAAUACAAUACUCGCCAUGGCUCCUCUUCCUCUUGGGACAACCCCUCAUCCCACGGACGGAUAUAAUAUUGUCGCUCUUCUGACUGCCGCUAAGCUCGUCAUAGUCGGCUUGAAACCGUCUCCAAAAACAUGGUACAGACGUCACCGAGAUGAAGACGGCGAACUGGCGCGAAAAUCAAAGUUUCGAGGGUCGAUGGCUUGGUAUCCUAGCAUUAUUCUAGGCGGUGCGAGCCCACGGGAGCCGCCAAGGAAGGGGAAAAAAGAGCCUACCAUCGAGCCUACUAUUCCGAUGCUUGUCUAUUCCUGGGGUCCCACUCUCAACCUCUUGCGUGUCUCAGAGAUCAAGGUAAAGGAGGCAAUUGUGGACUCAAGGACAAAUAAAUCAACCAGUGUCGAGGUUGGGCGAUUGACGUUCCAAGAGGCGGCGAAAUGGUCCGCGCAGGAUGACGUUCUCGCUAUUCAAUGGUUAAAUGCCAAUCAAAUUGUUGUUGUCACAUCUUCUGCGUUGGAAGUUUACGACAUCCAAACACUUGAUCUGGUCGAACACACCCGUUUCGAUGCCGCUUCACUGAUCUCACCGACGUUAGGCAAUACCUCAAAUGGAACUAUUUCCUAUUCGGAUUCCUUGGGCGAUAUUGCCCAUAGCGUGCGCGCGUAUAAAGGGAAGGUUUUCCUUCUUUGUCGGAACGAAGUACGAGUGGGCACACUCCUCACUUGGGCAGAUCGAAUAUUGUCGUUCGUUCAUGACGGUGAUUUUCUCAGUGCGAUCGACUUGGCUCGGGAAUAUUACUUGGGCAAAGCACCUGGAAACAAGAAUGGACUGCCAGAUAACCCACAGCAGCUCAGACAAGUCACCGAAGAGAAGAUGCGAGAGCUCAUGGUCGCCUCCACCCGCUAUGCAUUCUCGGAAGACCGCAUGAUGGACGCAACUCACUAUACACCUGAUGGUCGCGGAGUGGAUCGGACAUCUUUUUUCGAAAAUCUGGUAUCCACCUGCGCUCGUGCUUGCAUUGCUCUAGACGAUUUCGAAUUCCUCUUCGAGGAUUUGUUCCAGGCAUACGAUGACGUCGGGAUUACACGAAUCUAUCUCAAACAAUUGGAGGUGUUCGUGCUCGACAACGAUAUCCGCUAUGUCCCACCACGAAUCACGCAGCGUUUAAUCGAUAUGCACAAGAACGACUAUCGAGCGGACCUAGCUGAACGUGUUAUUUGGCACAUCGAUCCAGAAUGCUUGGAUAUCAAUCAAGCGAUCCACCUGUGUAGGGAAUAUCAGUUGUAUGAUGCUCUCAUCUACGUCUACACUCGAGCGAUGAAGGAUUACGUGUUACCUGUAGUCGAAAUGCUAGGCCUCAUUCGCAAGGUUAUCCAAUAUCGUCGGGACUCGACAUUGAAAGGGACGUAUGAAGUGACGAUGGAGCCCGUCGUCAUGAACGCGUACAAAGUCUAUCCCUAUCUCGCGGAUGCCUUGACAGGUCUUACCUACCCUAGCGAGGAACCUUUGAAUGAAGAGGAGGCAUUACAGGCUAAGCAUGACGUCUACACUUUCAUCUUCUUCGGUCGCUCGAGUGUCUGGCCACUUAAAGAGGGAGGAAAGUUGGUCUUGACUGCAGAGGAGGAAGGCGGUGUGGAACCAACCUAUCCGUAUUGUCGGCUCUUACUUCGGUUCGAUGCGGAAGCAUUUCUUCAUUCAUUGGACAUCGCCUUCGAAGAUACGUACCUAAACGACGAAAGUCAGGGAGCCAGUCGUUUGAUCGUCAUCAAGGUCUUGCUCGAAAUACUCGCGUCAUCUCCCGGGUUGUCUCCCGCCGACAUCACCUUUGUCAAUAUCUUCAUUGCCCGCAAUGUUCCCAAAUACCCUCAAUUCAUCCAAAUUGCCCCGAGCGCGCUGCAUAAUAUUCUUGUGGGGCUCGCAAAUGAUCCGGACGAGACCACUCGGGAGGAUCGCCAACUUGCUGCAGAGUAUCUGCUGUCCACUUAUACUCCGGAUGAGAGUGAUCGCCUUCUUCGACUAUUCGAGAAGGCAAAGUUCUACCGCAUACUCCGUUCGUGGCAUCGACACGAGCGCCAAUGGGGGCCAUUACUUCUAGCUUACCUUCACGACCAUGACCUGCCUUCCGACGAUGUGUUCAACAAUGCUAACGAGAUCUUCAAGCUUGCCUCCUCGGCAAAUCAGGGCACCAUACCCUCAGAUCUCAUCACUACCAUUUCCGACUCAUUGCCUGACUUUAUGCAAGCCAACAUCAUCAACACGGCUUUUUUGGUCGAUAAUCAUGUGCCGCAGCUUCAUGUCAGGGCGCUGGAGGUUCUCGGCUCGAGCACGAACCACAAAUGCUUUGCGUACUUGCAUUGUCUUCUGGGUUCACCUUCUGAAGAAGAUGAAGGCCCUUCUUCACAAUCAGGACACCCUUCCAAGAAUGUUCCUCCAGCUAUGCGACAACUUUACCUCUCUCUACAGUGUCAAAUCGACGCAACGAAUGUCAUCCCUACUCUUCAAAAUUUCCCACCCGAGUUUGUUCCGUGGAACGAUAUUAUUCGAAUAUGUGAGGAGCACAACGUAUUCGACGCAGUCGUUUGGGCCUUGAAUCGCCAAGGCGCCGCGACAGAAUCCAUACAGAAGGUUGAGACCUUUAGCCGCCGUUUGGUGUCUAAAAUAGCACAAGAACUGGUUGCGUUAUCGGACUCACAAUACCGGCAGUCAGACUUGCAGGAGCAGAUAUCCUCUUUGAAGACACUCGGACGGAUGGCUGUGUCGGUCUGCUUGGAGCACUCUCGAUCCGAGUCUGGAGAUAUCCCAGUCGAAGAGCUGUGGUUCCAGCUAUUGCGGUCGCAAAUCGACUCAGUACAGGCUGUGUCUGGCUGUUGUUCUUCACAAGCGUUAUCCUCUAGUGACGUGGAGAUAGCCCAGCGGGAAUCAUUGUUCGCCCUCCGUGCGCUCAUUCAAGAAACAUUCUCAUCGCUGGUGUCAGUCAGCUCAUCCAGAGGUGUCUCCUUCCCUCGCCUCUUUACGCGCCUUGUCGAUUCUACAUCGCAUACAGCCAACGGCACGCCGUAUACAGAAUUUCGCACUAUUUUAACGAGCAUGAUGGAAUCCUAUCGAUCUGAAGGCGACAUAUUGACGAUCACAAAACACUUGUUCGAUCGGGAUGUGUUCGAGAUAGUGGAGACGAUGACCAAGGAGCGAGCAAAGGGUUGGGCACCUCACAGAGGAACGUGUACACACUGCCGAAGUGUUUUAAGUCUUGCCAUGCAGCCAUCCGCGUCAUCAAGGGGUGCGACGGAGGAUAAGAUUAAGAUUGUUGUUUCACGGACAGGAGCUAUAUAUCACAGUACAUGUCUACCAUCAGACUUUCUUUCCAACACUGUACAUUAA